GACGAGAAGGGGGUGAGUGCACACAUGGACGAGCAGCGCACCUUCAGAUAUUUCAAUGAGCAGCUCAGUGAGCUCCAGAGAGAGUCGCAGCUCGCUGAUGUCGUGGAGUACAAGAUGACGCUUCAGGAUGUGACCAGGGAGCUCAUGGAGUGCCACAGUGCCGAGCAGCUUCAGGGG